AUGGAGAGCUCUCUAGAAAAAACACCCAGGGAACCCUCAGCGGAGGACAGAACGACAAAGAAAGCUAGAUUCCGAGAUGACGAUGAUCAGACCAUUCCCGCUCCGGUCAUGUCAUUUAGAGAUAAAGUGGUUCAAUCAGAUAGGGAGAGGGAGGAGACGUUAUCUGGGAAUUUUGAGGAUUUCGCUGUUAAUCAUGAUGAUGUUAUUAUUUAUAAUAAUAAAAGUAUGCCUUCAAUCGCUUUCUCCUGUAGAGUGAAAGAGGAGUUAUCGAAACAGUGGAUGACUACUGUUAUUGUGAAAUUGCUUGGAAGACCUAUCGGAUAUAGGAAUCUAUGCAAUCGUUUAGAAAUGAUGUGGAAUUUUACUCAAGGGUUUGAUGUGAUUGACCUUGAGAAUAAUUAUUUCUUAGUUCGUCUGAAGAAUGGUAGUGAUGUAGAGGCAGUUCUCACUCGUGGACCGUGGGUUAUGCUAGGGCAUUACUUAUCGGUUCAGUCUUGGAGUCCGAAUUUUGACUGUAUUACUGAUGAUAUCAAGGUGAUUCAAGCAUGGAUUAGACUACCAGGGAUGCCAAUCCACUACUACAAUAAGAAAGUCCUUCGUUAUAUUGGAGGGAUGGUAGGUAAAGUUCUAAGGAUCGAUUAUUGUACGGAAGCAGCGGAGAGGGGAAAAUUUGCUCGAAUUGCGGUGGAAGUAGAUCUGGAAAAGCCUUUGGUAUCACAAUUUAGCCUUGAUGGGAAAGUCCAAUUUGUUGAAUAUGAAUGUCUUCCGAGAAUUUGUUUUCAUUGUGGCAAGUUUGGCCAUGUCAAAGGAUUCUGCCCGGAUAUAAUUGUCCAGAAUCAAGCUGAUCUUGCUAGAGAAGGGGACUAUGUUCAGACUGAUAAGCCAAUUCCGGCGGCUACUGAGGUGGCGGAGGUUAACCCUACCUUUGGUCCAUGGAUGAUGGUGAGUAGAAAAGGUAGGUCAACCAACGGGAAUGGUAAAAAUAAUAGUUACCAUGCUGGCAAUUCUAGUAGACCGGUGAUUCAGAGGGGAUCUAGAUUUGAUAUCUUAGAUAAUGCUAAUGAUGAGUGCCUGCCAGAUGAUGAGUGCCUGCCAGAUUCUGAGAGGAUCCCGCAAUCUGUGGAGGAGGUUAUCGUACCAAAUAGGAAGAUUUCUACGUUGACUAAGAAGGCAAUAGAUAGCAUGAGUCAUGCGCACAAAGACCAUUAUACCCCGAAAGAAGUCCAAGCGUUAAAGAGUAAGACUACUGAGAAUUCUCGAUCGGAUAGCCCAGCCCAAGAGGCCAAAGCCCGUUUUGUUGUGAACAAGGCUAGUACAUUGCUAGACUCCAUGAAACAUACCGUUGUUACAGUUAAUUAUAAUACUGAAAAUCACAACCCCAACAUUCCCUCUACGGUUCUAUCUACUGGGAAGAUGGAUGUGAGUCGUAAUGAAGUUUUGAAUAUUGACGCUGGGCCCCUUGAUUUACAUAAUAGACAUCCUGGAAAACAGUCUAUUGGUAAGAAUAUGGAGGUCACUUUGAACUGUACAGAUGUUGACAUGAAUGCUGAAGACAUGUACACUGAACAUAGCAGUGAUAAUGAGAAUGAAGGGGAGGGAAUGGAGGGGAUUGCGCACAGUCCGUUAUAA